UUAUAAACCUUCUUUUCUUUCUCUGCCAAACGUUAAUUAGUUCUGAUUCACUAUGGCCAAAAUCUUCGCAAAUGCUACUAGUUCCUUCAUUUUUCUCUUCAACGUUAUUCUCUUCUCCUUGACCCUUGCUGCAGCAAAACCUGAAGGUUUCUCAAGAAACUUAUCUCCAAAAACCCUAGGCCUCAAGCGAGAGAAACUAAGCCACCUCCACUUCUACUUCCAUGACAUAGUCAGUGGAAGCAACCCCACUGCUGUUCCAGUUGCCCGAGCAGCCAUGACUAAUAAUUCUUUCUCAUCAUUUGGACUGGUCACAAUGAUGGAUGACCCUUUGACGGUGAAGCCCGAGAUCAGCUCCAAGCUUGUAGGAAGAGCACAGGGGAUUUAUGCAUCUGCAUCACAAAGUGAACUUAGUUUUUUGAUGGCAUUAAACUUUGUUUUCACGGAAGGGAAGUAUAAUGGUAGCACCCUUAGCAUUCUGGGGCGAAACAGUGUGCUUUCUGGCAUUAGAGAGAUGCCAGUUGUUGGUGGGAGUGGGCUUUUCAGGUUUGCGAGAGGCUAUGCUCAGGCAAAAACUCAUGACCUUGACUUCAAAACUGGUGAUGCUAUUGUGGAGUAUAAUGUUUAUGUCUUCCAUUAUUGAGUGGUUCUUGGGUGAUUUUCUAUUUUCAAGAAAAAAACUGCGCUGCUGUAAUUUGCUGAAUACAUCAUAUGCUCCUUGGUUGCACAGUGCUUUAUUAAUUAAUAAAUUAAGUUGUUGAAAAAUUAA